AUGUAUUCAAAAUCUAGUAAAUGGCUAUUGCCAUUUGUUACAUUACUAUACGUUUUGUUAGUUAUUGGUUUACCAUUUGGUGGUAGUUCUGGUAAGUUUAACAAGAGUAUAUUAGUUAGAGGUGACGAUUCUGAUAAUUAUGGUACUGUUAUCGGUAUCGAUUUGGGUACCACUUAUUCUUGUGUUGCUGUUAUGAAAAAUGGUAAGACUGAAAUUCUAGCAAACGAACAAGGUAAUAGAAUCACUCCUUCUUACGUUGCAUUCACUGAUGAUGAAAGAUUGAUCGGUGAUGCUGCUAAGAAUCAAGUUGCUUCUAACCCAAAGAACACUGUCUUUGAUAUCAAGAGAUUGAUCGGUUUGAAGUUCAACGACAGAUCUGUCCAAAAGGAUAUGAAACAUUUACCAUUCAACAUCGUUAACCAAAACGGUAAACCUGUUGUCUCUGUCAAGGUCAAAGGUGAAGACACUCUCUUCACUCCAGAAGAAAUCUCUGGUAUGAUCUUGGGUAAGAUGAAAAAAAUUGCUGAAGAUUAUUUAGGUAAAAAAGUCACUCAUGCUGUCGUUACUGUCCCAGCUUAUUUCAACGAUGCUCAAAGACAAGCCACUAAAGAUGCAGGUACCAUUGCUGGUUUGAACGUUUUGAGAAUUGUUAAUGAACCAACUGCUGCUGCAAUUGCUUACGGUUUGGACAAAUCAAAUGAAGAAAGACAAAUUGUAGUUUACGAUUUAGGUGGUGGUACUUUCGAUGUCUCCUUGUUGUCUAUUGAAAAUGGUGUUUUCGAAGUCCAAGCUACUGCUGGUGAUACUCAUUUGGGUGGUGAAGAUUUCGAUUACAAGAUCGUUCGUCAAUUGAUCAAGUCUUUCAAGAAGAAACAUGGUAUCGAUGUAUCCGAUAAUGAUAAAGCUUUGGCUAAAUUGAAGAGAGAAGCUGAAAAGGCUAAACGUGCCUUAUCUUCUCAAAUGUCCACUAGAAUUGAAAUCGACUCCUUCGUCGAUGGUAUCGAUUUGAGUGAAACUUUGACUAGAGCUAAAUUCGAAGAAAUGAAUUUGGACUUGUUCAAGAAGACUUUGAAACCUGUCGAAAAAGUUUUGAAAGAUUCUGGUCUAGAUAAGAAGGAUAUUGAUGAUAUUGUCUUGGUCGGUGGUUCCACUAGAAUUCCAAAGGUCCAAGAAUUAUUGGAAAAAUUCUUCGAUGGUAAGAAGGCUUCCAAGGGUAUCAACCCUGAUGAAGCUGUUGCUUACGGUGCUGCUGUCCAAGCCGGUGUUUUGUCCGGUGAAGAAGGUGUUGAAGACAUCGUCUUAUUGGAUGUUAACGCUUUGACUUUAGGUAUCGAAACCGCUGGUGGUGUCAUGACCCCAUUGAUCAAGAGAAAUACCGCUAUCCCAACUAAGAAAUCUCAAAUCUUCUCUACUGCUGCCGACAACCAACCAACUGUCACCAUCCAAAUCUUCGAAGGUGAAAGAGCUAUGGUCAAGGACAACAACUUGUUGGGUAGAUUCGAAUUGACUGGUAUCCCACCUGCCCCAAGAGGUAUUCCACAAAUUGAAGUCACUUUUGCUCUAGAUGCUAAUGGUAUCUUGCAAGUUACUGCUACUGAUAAGGGUACUGGUAAGUCCGAAUCUGUUACCAUCUCUAACGAUGCUGGUAGAUUAUCUAAGGAUGACAUCGAAAGAAUGGUUGAAGAUGCUGAAAAAUACGCUUCUGAAGAUGAAAUGAUUAAAGCUAAGAUUGAAUCCAGAAACAAAUUAGAAAACUACGCCCACAGUUUGAAGAACCAAGUUAAAGGUGACUUGGCCACUGUUUUGGAUGAAGAUGAUAAGGAAACUUUGUUAGAUGCUGUCAAUGAUGUUUUGGACUGGUUGGAUGACAACUUUGACACCGCCAUGGCUGAAGAAUUCGAUGAAAAAUACGAAUCUUUAUCUGAAGUUGCAUACCCAAUCACCUCUAAAUUAUACGGUAAUGCCGGUGGUGCCAACGCCGCUCAUGAUUCUGCAUAUGAUGAUGAUUUCGAAGAUGAGGAUGAUGAUGGUGAUUACUUCGAACAUGACGAAUUGUAA